UCAGAACCCGUUUACGGAAAUCUCUGACAGUGCUCAUACGUCAAAACGGUUCCUUUCAAUUCAAUUGGUCUCCCGUCAGAAGACGGAGACAGAAGCAUGAGGCGAUCUUUACUGGGCGGUCACAGGCAUAAGGAAAUGUUUUGAGCCAGGUAGCAAAUUGUGGAGUUGGCAGGUAUUGCCUCCUACACAUCAGACCGAAGAGAAGCAAGCGUUGUAUUGUAUUUCCCUUCUUUUGCUCGCAAAGCUGAACAAUUCAAUGUCAACUACUUUCUUGUUUUGGAGUUUCGGUAUCGGUAUCGCCGUUCCAUUUAAGAGAGGGGUGUGACUUGUUUUUCAAGAGGGGUAGUAGGAGGAGGAGGGUGUCAGACGUGUGGAUGGCCGAAAACACAAGGAUGCAGUUAUUUCAGACAAAACAUAAAAUGUCUAUGUGUCCGAUAGCUUCCAAGUAACUGGAUCACUUCCAUUCCACAAGGAAAAAGCUGUUUUUCUACGGCAUUUUGGUAUUAUUCGCCCUGGAAGCUACUGCGAUAUUCAACGUAUCGACAUCAAAAUGAGUCCUGGUGAGCUAUGAAGAGUCCGGUGCACAGGUGCAGGGACGUGGAGCGGCAGGCAAGCAACCUGCAGCUGGACCCGUGCGUCCCGCCACCGCGCCUGAACGACCGCGACGACACUAGUGCCAUGUGGUUCGUGCGCGACGCGUGCGGCAUCGUGUGCGCCGUCAUCACUUGGUUCUUGGUAUUCUACGCGGAGUUCGUGGUGCUCUUCGUCAUGCUGCUACCCUCCAAAAAUCUAACCUACAGCAUACUCAACGGGGUGGUUUUCAACGGACUUGCGUUUCUUGCCCUGGCAUCACACUUCAGGGCAAUGUGCACAGACCCAGGAGCCGUUCCAAAAGGAAAUGCCACCAAGGAGUUCAUCGAGAGCCUUCAGCUAAAGCCCGGUCAGGUGGUUUACAAGUGUCCCAAGUGCUGCAGCAUCAAACCUGACCGAGCGCACCACUGCAGUGUCUGCAAAAGGUGCAUUCGAAAAAUGGACCAUCAUUGUCCAUGGGUCAACAAUUGUGUUGGAGAAAGCAACCAGAAGUACUUUGUGCUUUUCACAAUGUACAUCGCACUAAUCUCUCUCCAUUGCUUGAUGAUGGUCGUCUUCCAUUUCCUGUAUUGUUUUGAGGAUGAUUGGACAAAGUGCAGCUCCUUCUCCCCACCAGCAACAGUCAUCCUCCUCAUCCUCCUCUGCUUUGAGGGCCUCCUCUUCCUCAUCUUCACCUCUGUGAUGUUUGGCACCCAGGUCCAUUCCAUCUGCACAGAUGAGACGGGCAUAGAGCAGUUGAAAAAGGAAGAGAGAAGAUGGGCUAAAAAAACUAAGUGGAUGAACAUGAAGGCGGUAUUCGGACACCCCUUCUCGAUAGCAUGGCUUAGCCCGUUUGCCAAGCCUGGCCACGGGAAAGCCGACCCAUACCAGUAUGUGGUCUGAGCUUUGGGAAAGCAAACCUAGAGGGUCUGUCCAUGCCCUGGCACUACAUAUAAAAGACUGAGCUGUUCUGGCAACCCGCCCCUUUAACCCUCAAACCUUUUCCCCGAUACCUGUCAGCUCCACCCUAACGUGAUUGUAUCUCCCAGCUCACUAAGCUCUAAAGGCCGUGCUCUCGGCAGCGACAGUGCUGCCCAUAGAAAACAUCCCAUUUCUAUGGUGCUACCUAAGAGAUUGUGGAAAUGUGAAAAGGAAAAAAUAUGGACUUGCCAGUUUUGCCUUUUUUUUAUCUUUUAUUUUUUAUUGGUUUAUUAUAUAUUUUUUAAAACUAUGUGUUUCUUGGUCUGGAAACUUUGCUCUAUUUUGGGGAUUUCCUGUUGCCAUCUGUAGUGUCUUUCCCUCUGUUCACAUUCCACUCUCCAUUGGUCUUGUCAUUGAAAGCAAUCCUCCUCCUCCUCUCUCUCCUUUCUUCCUGCGUCUGUUUGACGAGUCUGGUAACACUAAUGCAAAAUACCUAUGCCUACUUCAUAAAAUAAGUCUCCGUUUGGAGUGGGGUGAGUUUGGUAUUUUGCAUCUCUAUUUUUGGUUAAUGAAGGAGCUCAUUCCUCAUCUUAGAUGGAUGAUGAAUUGGGAAGAGGAUUGCAUCUUUCUAGUUUGCACUCUGUAAGAGCAUAGUCAUGUCAUCAGUAGAGAUUUACACCCGUUUGUCUAUGGAAUUUGGCAUAGAAUGGCAAGGCAAAUUAGGCUUCACAAUACAUUAAUACUUACAAUUUUCCGUUAACACAGUAUAAGUUGCAAUAUUUAUUUUUUGCACAUUUUUGAAGAAUAAUGAAGUUUAGUCUUGAUAAUGACAGACACAUCUGGAACCAUGUGAACUGAGGGAAGGAAUUUGUAAUAACAUGUGUUUACUAAUACGUCAAAAGGGACAAUCUUGUUUGAAUUUUGUUACGUUACAUAAAAAAGCAUGUUCGUGUUGAUUUUACACAGGUUGUUUUUUUUGUCAGUCCUAUGGUGGACUUUACUGAAACUACGUUGAUUUAAGUGAAAGUAGCUCUUGAUGCACAAUCAACUGUGAGAUGGCUUCCAGUACUGCUUUUCUACUGGCCUUUCUAUUCUUUCUGUAUAUACAUAUCAAACAAUAAAUGAUCAACCUGAUUGGUUUUCUUGUAA